CCCCACCACAUUUUCUUUUCUUUUUAUAAAAACUCCCCUCCUCUCUCACACACACCCCACUACACCCGCGUUGACAUCAACACCACUCUCCUCCUCUUCCCAACUCCCACUCCCUAACUCUCUCUCUCUCUCUCUCUGUGUCUAUGGAGAUACAAGGCCUAAGGCGGUGCUCAGAGGACGUAGUCCAGCUGGACCUGGGCGGGCCCACGAGCGCCUCCCUAUCGAUCGACGACGAGGAGUCGGCGGAGGCGCGAAUCCAACGGCUGAUAUCGGAGCACCCCGUGAUCAUCUUCAGCCGCAACUCCUGCUGCAUGUGCCACGUCAUGAAGAAGCUCCUCGCCACCAUCGGCGUCCACCCCACCGUCAUCGAGCUCGACGACCACGAGAUCCCCUUUCUCCCAACAACAACUACAACAACCGCCGACCAUCCCAGCUCCGCCUCCGCCGCCGCUGUCUCUCCUCCCUCCGUCUUCAUCGGCGGGCCCGGCUCCUACGUCGGCGGCUUGGAGGCCCUCGUCGCCCUCCACCUCAGCGGCCACCUCAUCCCCAAGCUUGUCGAAGUUGGCGCCCUCUGAUUCAUAAUCAGUACGAAUUACGCUUUAGCUUAAUUUCUCAUCAUAUCAUGGAUAUAUAAAUUCGGGUUAUUUUGAAAAACGUAAAGAAUUAGGAACCCAAAAAAAAAAAAAAAAAAAAACCCUUCCCCUUGGCUGUUUCCAAUUUCCAUUUUCCAAUUCCCGUUGUUUGAUAAUCAUGGUCAAAUACCAGAACGACUUUAAGAUGGGAAAUUUUCUCUCUUAAUUAGCUUCACGUGUGUGUUUCCUAUAUCAUAUGUGUUCUCAGUUCGAUCUAGUUUGGUGUUGCCGGCCUGGGGUGAUUAAUUACUAGGGUAGUAUUAUUUAGUGGCAAUCAGGGCCGUCCAAUAUGUGGACUUUCAUGAUCUGCAGUACUAUCUUGUGGCCGUGGAAUUUGAUCAUAUAGGCCUAGUUAGUCUGUAAAUUUUCUUGGGGUUUUUUUUUUUCCCUUCUUUUUUUCUUUUUUCUUUCUAUGUAUUUUGUUAUUCACAUAUGUUGGGGUUAGACCAAUUAUCAAUAUAUAUUAGGGUCCCACUUUCAAUUAUUGAAGCAACGAAA